AUGAAUCCAACUUCUUCACCUUUGCCACCAGGUUGGAUCUCUCAAUUUGACCCAAAUAGUCAAAAUUAUUAUUAUGUCUAUACGCCAACUGGUACUACUCAAUGGAAUCAUCCAAAUGAAUCCGUAGCUCCUCCCCCCGGACCACCAAUUCAUUCUUCUCCAACACCAACACAAAGUGCAUAUCCCCCCAGACCACCAAUUCAUUCUUCUCCAACACCAACACAAAGUGCAUAUCCUCCCGGACCACCAAUUCAUUCUUCUCCAACACCAACACAAAGUGCAUAUCCCCCCGGACCACCAAUUCAUUCUUCUCCAACACCAACACAAAGUGCAUAUCCGCCCAUGCCUGUAGCUACGCCAUAUCCACCAUCACAAUAUCCACCUCAACAACGACAACAACCAUCUAAUUAUCCACCAGCUUAUCCGCAACCUUCAAAUUAUCCUUCUGCAUAUCCACAACCUUCAAAUUAUCCGGCAACUACUCAUGCUCCUGAUUCAAAAAAAGGGGGAAUAGGAGGAUUUCCAGGUCAACAACAACAUAAACAUGAUAAACACGAUAAACAAGCAGAUAAAGGUCUUCUCAGUUCAGCAGCUUUAGGUUUAGUGGGUGGAGGUGCAUUAGGUCAUUUGGUGGGUAAAAAACAUAAACAUAAGAAACAUCAUAAAUUUAAAGGAUGGAAAGGGAAGGGAAAGAAAUUUAAGGGAUGGAAAAGGAAGGGAUUUAAGGGAUGGAAAUAA